CAUCAGUGUGAGAGAGAAACAUCCAUUGGUUGCAUCCCAUAUGCACCCCAGCCGGGGAUCGAACCUGCAGCCUAGGCGUGUGUUCUGACUGGGGGCAGACCCCCAACCUCUUGGUGCACGGGGGUGAUGCUCCAACCAACUGAGCCACACGGGCCAGGGCUCAGGGACCUUCCAAGGCAUCCGGACAUGGUUGCGGUGCCCGUGGUCCAGAUGAGGGACCAAGGAAACCGGAGCGGGCGGGAGGCCUCAGCUCCUCACGUUCACGACCCUCUCCGCAGGGUCGACUGCGCGUCCUCGUGACCGGGCGGGGGGGUCUCCCCUGAGCUAAGGCAAUGAUGCAGCAGGGGGCGCAGCGGGGAGCAGGGUUGAGGAAGGCCCGCGGUAGAACAGAAAGGGGGGAGAGGAAAGAAUGGUGCCAGUAAACAAGGCUCUAAGUGGUUUCCGUGGGCCAGAGGAAGUGGUGUGCACCCCCUCCCUGCCCCCGCCCCCCCAUACCUGACUCACAGAGGAAGAGACAGUGUCAGAAGGGUAACACGCGGAGGCACAGACGCCUCUCAUGUGUAUGGGCGAGUGUGAGCCCUGCCUAUUGGGGGCCAAACCCACCCUCUAUUCUCUUUGAAUGCCUCUUCACGAGGGGAGGUAGGGGGCGUCUGGAUCUGGAGUGCUUUGGGAGGUUCUAGAAAAGGCCUGAGUGGAACCCUGGGGGCAGGUGAGGUUCUGGCCCCACCCCUUGUGACCCGACAGAGGCCCUAGAGACUGGACCAGGUUCCGAGGGCUCUGGCUGCCCCCUCUGACCCCGAGCUCUGGUCAGGAGAAGAGGGCGGCACGGCCUCGGGAAGGAUGGAUAAGCACGGCGUGAAGACCCCCUUGUGGAAGAAGGAGCUGGAGGAGACCGGGGUCAGGGAGGAGGAGGCAGCGGAGGAGAGAUCGGAGGAGGAAGACGAGGGGAGGCCGUCGCAAGAGAGCACAACCGAGAGCGAGGCCGAGGGCCAGGAGGCGGAGGGCGGCGAGGGCCGCGAGCAGGGCUCGGUGUCCUACUGCCCGCUGCGCCAGGAGUCCAGCACCCAGCAGGUGGCGCUGCUGCGAAGCGCCGACCUCGGCUUCUGGGGCUGGCUCCUCCCCUUGGCGCUGCUGGGCGGCCUGAGCGCCCAGGCCGACAGGUGAGGGAGGGCGCGCCCCUCCACUCGGCUGGACCGGAGGGGACGGCGCGGCGCCCUGAGCGUCAGGGUCCCUGUUCGCAGGAGGCGGAGCCUCCCGGAGGAGCAGUGCGUGCUGCAGACCAGGCAGCGGCCACCGCGCGGCGGGGGCUGCGGGCUCUGCGAGAUCCUUUUUUGCAAGAAAUGCGGGAACCUGCACAGCAACCCGGCCUACAUAGCGCACUGCAUUCUGGAGCACUCGGAUCUGGGUCCUUCUGGCUCGCUGGGCAGAAGCAUGCCUGGAGAAAAUGACCUCGGGGCCGUCUCACUCCUCUGAGAAACCUGCUUCUUCCGCUCAGAUCAUUCAAUAAAGCUGUAAGCGAA